AUGAGUUCGACUUCGAAUUUACAAUACGACGAGAUACCGAAGAAAUAUAUUGAUCCUAGUACCCCAAAAGAUAAAGGCGAAGGGUCAAGAGUUAAUGGUAAGGACUGGAAAAUCAAGAAAGAUGCAUUUAGAGUUAAAGCAAUAGGUGUAACUAAGAAGAAGAGAAAUGCCUUCAAAGAAAGAGAAUUAAUGAGGCUACAGGAGCAGCAAUAUAAAGAGCGGUUGAAUGAGUUGAAGACUGAGAAGGAAACAGCUAAGAAACAGAAGUUGGAUGAUUUGAAACGUAGGAGAGAAAUUAAGGCCGAAAAAGAAAGGUAUGAAAAGAUUGCAGCAAGGAUGCAUGCAAAGAAAGUAGAGAGAUUGAAGAAAAGAGAGAAAAGGAACAAGAUGUUGAAAGAACGUUGA